UGCUAACAGGGGCGCACCUACAGAGACACCAAUUGCAAGGAACCCACAUGCAGCAUCAGUGGCUCCUAGUUCAUCAGCUGUUCAUGAAAGUAUAGGAGAUAAAUCACCUGGAAGUAAGGGUACCAUCCACAGCACACCAAUUGCAAGGAACCCACAUGCAGCAUCAGUUGCUCCUAGUUCAUCAGCUGUUUCUGAAAGUACAGGUACAGUUUCAGGGGCCAGGCCAAAGACGACUGUUAAGAAAACUAAGACACCAAGGCCUAAGAGAUCCAGGACAGUGAAAAAAAUGGACUCAUUUGUUUACGACUUCUCUUCAGAUUCAGAUUUUGAAGAAGCAACACCAAGAUCACAAAAUAAAUAAUUCUUUGUAGCCAACAGAUAAAUUAAGACUCAGAGUGG